UGAUCAUCUGUCAAAACUGCCAUGCGUUAUACAUGUAGUACACAUAUGUGUAUAUACACGUUACGUUGCAUCUCGUUAUGCGGCAGGAUCGAAUAAUACGAGAUUAACGGGAAGUGCAAUUAGGAAAUAACCUUAGAUAGGAUCGGAGAGAAUUGCGGAUUGAACUUCAGGAUGCGCGCAAGUAGAUAGUAUCGGCGAGAAUGAACAAGAACAUGAAUUCGCCGUCGAAACUCACGGAGUUUGCUCCGUUGAGUCCCGAAGAGAGCCAACCUGUCGUAGCGUCACUCUUUUCCAAAUUUUUCAACUUUACCAGAAAUUCGUCAAGCACAAAUGAUUCCACGGUAUCUUCCAACAAUGACGAACGUAAUUCCUCCGAUUCAGACUCAUGGAAGCAAUCAGAGAGUACAGAACAAACCCCAGAUGAUGAUAGCACUAGUAUGAUCAAUUUUUCAUUAGCUGGCGAGGGCCGCAGUUUACCAAAUGUUUUGAAACGUAUUAGUAAUAUUGUGGCAUCAAAAAGUAAUAACCUACGUUCAUAUAAAGAUUCUCAAUUGAGAAGUUAUUGGAUGCCAGACAGCGUGAGUAAACAGUGCUACGAAUGUGGUGAAAGAUUCACGACGUUUCGAAGGAGGCACCAUUGUCGCGUAUGUGGACAAAUUUUCUGCUCCAAGUGUUGCUCCGAUCAAAUACCAGGGAAAAUUAUGGGAUGCACUGGGGAUCUCAGAGUUUGUACAUAUUGUUGCAAAGUCGUUCUCUCUUAUUUACAAUCAUCGGAUAUGAGGAGCGAUUUAUCGGCGGAUUUAAAAGCGUUGCAAGAAGAUCUUCAAGUGAAGUAUGGAAACGAUUCACCAUUGUUAACUCGAAAGCACACCAGCGAGUCGAUGGGUGACGAAACCUCUAUAUGCCGCAAACCAAGCAUAGGAUAUAUGGAAGAGAAUUACGCGACUAAACGAUCGGGUAAUAGUUACCUAACGUCUCACGAACGCUCGCUCGUGUUGCAAAAUUCGGCCUCUUUAAGGAUGAUUUGGGAGGAAUUGUUCCGAUCUAGUCAAGCUAUUCAAUUGCAAACGCAUAGAAUUCGAUUGAAGAGUUAUUACAAUUGUUUUCUAGCAAGCGAACUGGUAAAUUGGAUGAUAGCACAGAAUAAAGCAGCUACUCGCGUGCAAGCGACUGCGAUAGGCCAAGCAUUGUUGGAAGCGGGUUUCAUCGAGUCGGUUGCCGGCGAUGACGUAUUUAGUGAUUCCGCAGUCAUAUUUAAGCCGGUAGAAUUAUCCUCCUUACAAAGUAUAGACCUAUUGACGGAAAAACGGACAACAUGCGAUGCGCAAGAACCAGCUUGGGUGAAAACUAUUCCACAGCAUGAUUCAACUACUGAUUCCGAAAGCGAGACGAAACCUACGAACUCGCAGUCACAAACUUUCGGUCGUUUGCCGUCAUCAAGUUCGAGUUUUUACUUGGAUUUAAAUUUGGAAGCAUCCACCGUCACGUUAAAAAGACCAACUUCGGAGGAUUUAACUGCAAUUUCCGUGGAUAGUAGCGAUGGAAUAGUCGAACAGAAAGAAAUUAAUCUUAAAUCGCACGAUUGUAAUCAUAAGAUAUGUGAUGAUCUGUUGAGUGAUACGCUUCAAGUGCACGAGUUCAAAGAGAAAAAUGGAUGGCACAGAGCGACUAAUUUGAGAAUAGCCUUUGGCGAACUAAGCGCGUAUGAGGGUUUAACGGCUGCAUAUAAAGCGCACGAAGAUUCUCUUAUUAAGCAACUCCUAAGCAAGGAAGGUUUGUCGCAAACGUGGUCAAAUACGAUUCUGUCCAUCACACAUCAGAUAGUCGACCACGUCCGACCAGAUUUGCAUCAUGACGCUGAUAAUCUAGAUAUUCGACAAUACAUACAAUUCAAAAAGUGUCCUGGUGGUAGCAGAGAAGACUGUAAUAUUGUAUCUGGUGUGAUUUGCAGUAAGAAUGUCGCUCAUCGUUGUAUGAACGCCAUGAUUGCGCAUCCAAAGAUUUUAUUACUGCAAUGCGGUUUGAUGUAUCAGCGUGUGGAGGGCAAAUUGAUAAGCUUGGAGCCUGUAAUGUUGCAGGAAAGCGAGUAUUUGGGACACACAGUAGCGAGAAUUACCGCUCUGGGUCCAGAUGUGGUGCUCGUGCAUCGUUCCGUAGCUAGAUUAGCUCAGGACAAGCUGAGAGAAUGCGGUGUAACAUUGGUUUUAAAUGUAAAACUUAGCGUACUCAAAAGAGUAGCACGAUGCACUGGUGCUAGUAUUGUAAACACUAUAGAUGCGCAUAUAAGUGCAAGAUAUAUGCUUGGCACGUGCAAGAAGUUCUAUUUAAGAAAUUUUUCAGAUGAACAAAGAGGCAUUAAGACGCUAAUGUAUUUUGAAGGCUGUGCAAAUCCACAUUUGGGUGCGACAAUUUUACUGCGAGGCGGUUCGCAGACCGAAUUAAAAAGAGUAAAAAACGUUACAUCGAUGAUGAUUUUUGCGGCUUACUCGUGGCGCCUUGAAAAAUCAUUUCUUAUGGACGAAUUCGCUAAACCGCCGUCUCCUAAGAAUAAUUCGUUUCUGGAUGAAACAUUGCAAAGAGAUUCCUCGAAUGGCGAGGAGUCCGAGAAUCUCGAAACUCAAGUUACCGCUGAAAAUACACAUGCAGGUGACACAAAGAAAUCAUCGAAAAUAAACCAGGAUCACAAAGAUACACUCGGCGAUGAGCAAAAUGUACAGAAUGCAAAGUCGCAUAAUCCAAGUAUAGCCGUAAAGAUUGAGAAUCUCCAUUCCUCCGAGAAUAUUUUAAACGUAGAUUCUCUGAAGGAAGUAUCUUCGAUGUUGUCGGAGGAUUCUGAUCCUUAUGACACGUUAAAAUUAUUUAAAACAAAAUUGAAACCAUCUUUACACGAUUCGAAGGUGCCAACAUCUUGCGAGAACGAGGUGAUAAAUUUACGUAACAAUGACAAAUCGAAGAGCAAUACUUUGGACUUAGUUUCCGAUGAUGCAGAGGAACAUAAUAAUUCCGUGAUUACGGAUAAGGAGCAAAAGACCGAAGAACUUGUCGACAAGAAAUCGAAGGAUAAGAUAUCUUCGGAGGAGAAACGUAUUUACGGGGAAUCCAUAAGCGACCGAAGCGAUCCCUUGCAUCAAUAUUUGAACGACGAGGAUAACGAAGACGUAUUCAACCGUAACAGUCCGAACGGUCAGCGUCUGAGCGUAGCCGACUUUCCGCUGUUCAAUAAAUUCAAGAAAGCGCUCGAGGAUACCGUGCUGAGUGUAUCGCCGUAUCUGAAAUUUUCCAUACCCUAUCUAGAGACGGAACCUGGUAGAAAUUGUAUCCUGAGGAGCUUCUUCCCACGAGAGAUUUAUUAUUCGGCGCAAUUUCUCGACAAGAUCAAGGAUAUUCGAGCGAACGGUGUGAACGAGCAGCUUGCGUUCGAGAAUCGCGAACGAAGAAAUAGUAUCAAGUUAAAGUCGCAUCAUCCGUUCGUUCAGACGCGCCUGACUACGGAUGUCGAUAGCCGGGAAGUGCAGAGUCUCUUGGCGAAUUUCCGCGCAUGCGGAAGUAGACUUUACCCGACGUACAACUGUAUGCUGGACAAGCAUCAAUUAUCAACGGUAUCGACCGAGAGCAACGAACAGCAAAUCCCCUCGUGGCCGGACUGUCUGGAUCCCGGUAGCCAUCAACGUCUUUCCGUGCUGUUUUGCAGCUUCUCGCACACCGGCAACGAUACUCCGGCGUUCUGCGUGAAUCCCUGGGUCGUAAACAUGAUGAUGUACGGGCAGAACGACAUCGCGCUCGGCCGCUUCCUGGAGCGUUACUGCUUGACGACGGAAUAUAAAUGCCCGGCGCAGGCCUGUCGCGCCCAAAUAGCCCAACACGUCAGACGAUUCGCGCACGAUGGCGGCUGCAUGCACAUCAGUCUCAGCGAGAUGAGCUCCGAACCGUUCGUACAGGAGAACGCCGACAACAAUCAGAUCCUGAUGUGGAGCAAAUGCGUGAAAUGUAAGAGCGUGUCGCCGGUGGUACCGAUGUCGGCCGACACGUGGUGCUUGUCGUUCGCCAAGUAUCUCGAGUUACGCUUCUACGGCGGGGUCUAUACGAAACGCGACGGCACAGACGCGUGUCAACAUUCCCUGCAUUACGAUCACUAUCAGUACUUCACGCGCAAGAAUAUGCUGGCCGUAUUCAAGUUCACCAAGAUCUCGCAGUGGGAGAUCUCCCUGCCGCCGCCGCUGAUAAACAUCAUCUACGAUCCGAAGCAACACGCCAACGUGAUCGAAGAGAUGAAGAGCGUGGCGUUGAAGGGCGAUGAGGUUUUCACGGCCAUCAGAGAAAAACUGAUGAGCCUGCAGACGGAUUUGGAGAGCCUGAAUCUUGCCAAGCAGCAGCUGAUGAAGGAUCAGCAAUAUUUUAAAAACAAGAUCGAGGAGAUUCAACUCAAGUUAACUUCGCCAACGCUGGAGAAUAAGAAGCUCGAGGGUAAAGUGUCUGAGAAGCAAGUACAGGCAUUGAUGUUUAGGAUCGAGGAUGGCAUCGUAAUCCUUAAACGACUCAUCUCGGAGGCUGUGUUUACGUGGAACAACAAACUGUCGGAGAUGUCGGUGAAAAAGAAGGACGAACGACCGCGCCGGUUCACCGAACGUUCAAUGACGGCUGGCAGCAACAGCGUGGUAGACACCGACGGAUACAUCACUGAGGAUACCGCGUCCGAGUCGCAGGUCGAAGACUCUAGUCCUAUGUCGGCCGAUUACAAUGCCAUCGACGCGAUCGCGACGGUACAGAGCGACUUUCAAACGUCCGAAGGAGUCGAGAAUUCCGAUAACGAGCUCUUGGAAUCCACCACCAAUCCCGACGAAGUCGUCCCCGUUCCAGAUGCAUCGCCGAAGAUGCAUCAGAGAUCGCAUUCCGACGUUUUUCCGCUGUCUUCCGAUGAUAUGACCGAUAAGAAGAAAAAGAAGAAGACCAUCUUGUCACAAUUGUUGCCGUCCGUUUCUGUGAAUCAUACAAUACCGAAUCCUCUAGGACCUUUGGAGCACUACCUGUUGCCACUCGGAUCGGUGGUGCCGAUAGUGGUCUACGAGUCCGAGCUUUCGUCCAUAAUCGCGUAUGCCCUGGACUCUCACGACUACAAGCAUGCGUUGCAGGAAUUGUUGCGCGCGGCAAAAGGUUCGGACUUCAAUCCCAGUCCGUUGAGCAAACGUAAGUUUCCCGAGGGUAGGGAUAGUUCGCUCGAUCUGGCACAAUCGGGCGAGUUCAAGCGGCCGUCCGUGCUGUCCUUUUUCCGCGGUAACAGUCCCAAUCCGACCAGCAGCCCCGUCGAAUCUGACAAGAACGUGUCAAGCGUGGAAUCUGCCAGCGGCGCCGUCGGUCCCGUCGACGUCGACGACGACAAGAAGGCGAUAAAGCAGCAGAAUUACAUCGAGGUGCAGUUCAACGACGCUACGACCAAUUUCUUCUGCAGAAUAUACUUUGCCGCGCAAUUCGCCGCUUUGAGAGACAGCGUUCUGCCAUGCGGCGAAGAUGGCUUCACAAGAAGCCUCAGCCGAAGUGUACAGUGGACUGCGAGAGGUGGAAAGAGCGGAAGUACCUUCUGCAAGAGCAGAGACGAUAGAUUCAUCAUAAAGGAAAUGUCUCGACUCGAGAUGCAAAUCUUUCUCGACUUUGCGCCCAACUAUUUCGCCUACAUGGAAAAGUGUCAGCAAACUAAACAACCGACGUUGCUGGGCAAAAUUGUUGGCGUAUACAGGGUGUCGUUUAAGAACAACACAACAAACGCGGCACUUCGUACCAGCGUGUUGGUGAUGGAGAAUCUAUUUUACAACCGAGUUAUCACCGAUAAAUUCGAUUUAAAGGGAUCCGUGCGGAAUAGAUUGGUGAAUCUAGACGACACCUGUCACGAGGGUGAUCUGGUUUUGCUGGACGAAAAUCUAUUGAACAUGAGCUGCGACUCUCCCUUGUACAUCAGAUCGCAUUCUAAGGCUGUAUUGAACCGAGCCAUCGAACAAGACACCAAGUUUUUAGCGAACAACUCUGUAAUGGACUAUUCGUUAUUGGUAGGCUUGGAGCCAAGCUCCGACGAGCUCGUGCUCGGUAUAAUAGAUUACAUAAGAACGUUUACUUGGGACAAAAAGCUGGAAACUAUGGUGAAAAAAUCUGGUAUUCUGGGAGGCCAGGGCAAAUUACCAACGAUAAUCUCACCGGAGGAAUAUCGCGCUAGAUUUAUCGCCGCGAUGCAUCGUUACUUUCUGCCGGUACCGGACAGAUGGUCGGGUUUAGGUAGAAGCGUCGAAAUACCACCGGAAUAAAUGUGAUUUAAGAUACGCAAUUUUAUACGCAAUAAUUACGUAAUCGAUGUACAUAUACACUUUUUAUUCAUAUCGCGAAAAUGCGAGCGCUAUUGAUAGCAUAACACGCUCGGUCUAUCGAUGUAACAUUUUAUACAGUGAUAAAAUACUCGACAAGUAUUGACAGUAUAAGUGAUAUCGAGAUACCAGUUACCAGUUUUAAAUAUCUUAUCGCUAUGUAACAUAAAUUAAUAUUCUAAUUUGUCGCGCGUGGAGGAAGUGAUUUUUAAAUUAUUCCUAAGAUCAAAUCGUCAAUUAUAUACACUUAUGUAUCAUUAUUAAUUUAAUAGUUGUUUUGUAAUAUACGGAAGCGGAUGCUUUCGCUCUCUCGAUCUCUAAAGUACAAAGGUAAUCAGUGAAACUAGACCACGAGGCUAAGAAAGCAUCAUUAUUAAUAUUUUAUUUAAUUCUCCAAAAUUAUGUACACGACCAUUAUUUGUCUUUGUAAUAGUCAAAUAAACAAUAAUUAUAUAAUUUCAACAUAGUAA